CCCUCCCCCACUUCUCAUCAAGAUCAGCUGGAGGAAGUGGUGGCUCGACCAAUGGGAUUACAGUAGCGGAUUGACUGUGUGUGUGUGUUUUUGCAGCUGAGAGGCAAGCCUGGACAAGCAGCAGCAGGAGCAGCAGCCUCUGUGUUUGUAUGUGUGUGUGAAAAGAAAAUGUAGGGCAGCCACUUGUUCUCCCUCCCUCUGCUGUCUCUCUCUCUAUCAUUUCCUCUGUCUGUCUUUGUUUCUGCGUUUUGCCGUAGCUCCAGUCGCCACGGCGACGGCUGACAUUGUUGCCGCGGCUCCACUUCCGUAUUUGCAGAGGCUUGGCUCUCCUUCAGUUUCUCCCUCCGUCUCGGCUCACCUCGAGGAUUUUACAGAAGGGGGGGAUGUAACCUCCCUGAGCAACCAUUGUCUGUGUGAGGGUGUGUGUGUGUGAUUGUAUGUGUAAUUGUGUGUGUGUGUGAGGCGGCUUCAGGAUCCUGACAUGAAUUCCUGCUGGAAAAUGAAGAUCCAGAAUGAAAAACCUCUGGCUCAUUCGGCAAGCAGGUCCAGCAAUAUCUCAAAGGCGGGGAGCCCGACUUCAGUCAACGCUCCAUGCAGUUUCUCGAGGACGUCGGUUUCCCCCUCGAGCCAGGACAUCUGCAGGAUUUGUCACUGUGAAGGGGAUGACGAGAGUCCUCUGAUCACACCAUGCCACUGCACGGGGAGCCUGCGCUUCGUCCACCAGUCCUGCCUACAACAGUGGAUCAAGAGCUCUGACACUCGCUGCUGUGAGCUCUGUAAAUUUGAGUUCAUCAUGGAGACGAAGCUCAAACCACUGCGCAAGUGGGAGAAACUACAGAUGACAGCGAGCGAGAGAAGGAAGAUCAUGUGUUCGGUCACCUUCCAUGUCAUCGCCAUCACCUGCGUGGUUUGGUCACUCUACGUUCUCAUCGACAGAACAGCAGAUGAAAUCAGACAAGCCGGAAGAAUCCCAGGGAUCCUGGAAUGGCCUUUCUGGACCAAGCUUGUGGUGGUGGCUAUCGGCUUUACAGGCGGACUGGUUUUCAUGUAUGUCCAGUGCAAGGUCUACAUCCAUCUAUGGAGGAGACUCAAGGCUUACAACCGGGUCAUAUACGUGCAGAACCGUCCAGAAAUCUGUAAAAAGGUGGCACCAGAGAAGCCACUGCUCAUGGAGCCCAGUCUGGAGUACAAGGAGGCUCUGGCCCCCACCCAGUCAGACACAAACUCCUCCCAGAACACAGAGACAGAGGACUACAGUAUGCAUGAGGUGCUCCACGUCUGACAGCUGGGUCCACGCCAUUGGUUGUCCUGCUCAUACGACACACACAAACAGGCCCACAGUGAAGAGUAGCGGUCAUGCAAAUGCUCGGUGACUGAGGAACAACCAGACAUUCCCCUUCCUCUGAUCCCAGACUGACCCACUGACCUCAUCCGGUCAUCUUAUAUUCCCCAAACUCCAUCCGCCAAGACAGACAGUCAGACAGACCGACCGUGACUCUAUCUUUCUUUGUCCACCUAUCAUACGUUAUUCUUCUCUCCGCCCUCGAUCCACGCUCCCACAUCUUACCUUUCCCAGGACUGGAGUGUUUAUACUGACUUCUGUAAAUGUCUGAAGAGGCCUGGAGCACACACACAUAUACAUACAUACACAAACACACACUUGUAUGUACACUUCUGGGAGUGCAGGACUGAGAUAAAUGGACUCACAAACGGCUCCGGAGGUGGAUACGUCUUGGACGCGUGGUUUGUUUGCUCGUGGGUUUCUUAGAUUUGUUCGUUUUUACCUCCUGUUAGUCUUGGGCUAACCUGCCGUGGAUCAGUAUGUAGCGCCGUGCAUCGGAUCUCUGGAAUAUUCCAGCUACUGCCAUCUCUGUCGCUGUGGUCUGUCAGCUCUGCGCCGCUCUGGAUCCAACUGGGCCCUGAUCUGGACAUGCAUCGAAGCACUUUUAUUUUUUUAGUUCCCACAACACGCCCCCUCCCCGUCCUCCAGUUCCUUCCUUCCUUUAUUAUGACUUCAAUCUUGUAUGUUGUACAUGGGGGAGAGCACACGGAAAACAAACCUUUCCUCAAAUGCACAUAUACCUACAGAUCAAGCCCUCCCGUGGAUGAUAAAAAAGGAAUUGGGGUUUUUUAAAAAUACAUGGAGCCAUGCUGAAAGAAUCACAAAAAUGAGUGUUGAUUCUGUCAAUCUCAUAAUGCAGAUAAUGGAAGAUCCAGCCACAUGACUUCUCUACCCCAACAUGAACUUUCUGAAGGCUUUGAGAAUGUAAACUUUUUAAAUAAUCAUAAAAAAAAAUAAUAAAUUAAAGAAAAAAAUGAGAAUUUUUUUUACUGGUCACAGGAAAUUGCGAGGUGAUUUCCAUGUCUUGAGAUCGUAACGCGAGCCUUUGGGCGUAAACAGUGUCGCUUGUUUUUCUAUCAUGCGAAUGACACAGUAUUUACAGUGUGAUAUUCCAUGUGCAGUUUUUAAUAUGUCGAUUUGUUUGCUUAGUCAUGGGACAUGCCUUGAGAAAUCCACAGCUGUGUAUUUUCACUUCUGUCCUCCAGUCGCUCUCGCUGUGCAGACCGGGUGUUAAUUGAACCUUCACAGAGAGUCUUGAUUAAAAAGCAGACAGACUGCAGCUGCUUUAGCCUCAUUUUUGCUCUGCAGGUCAGGACUUGCACAUUUACAACCCAUCAUCAGUUAUUUUUGUUUAGACAGAAGCAAAAUGUGGGAGAUCUGAUAUUUAGAUGUGGCAUAAAUGAUCAUAACAGUAGCUUUUAGAUCUCCGCUUCAGUGUGUCUUGUUUGCAUUUUGGCGGCAAAUGUCUAUUUUAGUACUGAAUCACAAGACAGGCAGCAUGUUGCCCCUUAUUUGAUUGUUUCUCUCACACCUAGUCUCAUGUGGCUCAAAUGAGACAUUUUUUUUCACACUUUUACUCCAUUAUUUCAACAUUGAGGAUGAUUUUUAUAUCACUGUAACAUGCUGCAACCAUCAGAUCCUUUACAUCCCGUUAAAUGCUGACGUAACACAUCAAUGCAUCUCCUGACUCAGUCUACGUCGUCGCUUAUUGAUGAGCCGACUGGAUCGCCACCUGCUGGCGUGAAGCUGAAGGUGCAGUCAGAGAUACGCAGCGGUGGAUUUUUCAAGGCAGCGUGUUUUUUGGGCUUGAAAUCAUUGUGAGUGCUUUUGUUAAUGUGGGAGCACAGCAAUGCCAGGCUCAUGUUGAGCCUCACAGCCAUUCCAGCAACACACACAUUUUUUAAAAACUAUCUUUGAUACUAGUAUACUGUCUGUGAACAGCGAUGGUCCAACAACAUACCUGACAAUUACUGCUCAGCAGCAGCAAUAAACUAAAUCAGCGCUUUGUGUUUUUGGUUUUUUGCAAGAAUGCAUACUGUAUUAAUGUAUAUGGCCCAUGGUGACUUGAGAUCUGGAGUCUAAUAUAAUUUUAAUACAAAAUGAGCCGAGGGAGUCGUCGUGUGUCAACUUGGAUUAAGACCUAGAAACGACAAGCUUCUCUGAAACGUCAAUACCCGGGAGGCUCAGUGCAAUUAGACAGAUAAAAAGUGCAAUUACCCUUUUGUUGUUAUUCUAUUCUACAGUUAUGUACUGGUGUUUAAUGUCCAGGGUGUCCUCUGGAUAUAAAAUUAUUUUCUUUAUUUUGUGUUGUAUUUAUUUUUAACAGAAAAAGUACAGUUUGUUCAUUUAAAAAAAAAAAACCCUUUCAUUAGUAAUUUUAUGCAACUUGCACUUAGUUUUGUUUUCCCAGACAUAAAAACCAGAAAAUCACUUCCACUCUUUGCUUUGCUUUUUGUUUGUCAUUUAGAUAUUAGAAUUGUGAAAACUUUGAUUGCUCGACCUUGACGUAAAUAUCUGUUCUACCUUCUAAUUUCUUAAAUUGCUUGCUAAAUUUGUUUUGAACACGCAGAUUAUACUUAAUUAAGCACAGCAUCGGAUUUGAACCUAUUUUUCACAUGAAAAGAAACUGGAAAAUGCAAACAUUUUCUCACGAGAUGGAAGAUUAAAUGGAUUUUCAGAUUGUUUUUUUUCCUUUCUACUCAUAGGAGCUGGCUCCUUUUAUGAAGUCUGAGGCAGAAGUUUUGAUAUAGUUCUGAUGAAGAUUGAGGCCACUUUAGGACGCUUCCUCUCUGAGCGCAGCUUUUUUCAUUCUUACUUUAGUUCUUAAUCCUGCUGAGUGGGACAUCGACUGAGAUACUUGCUCUCUCAGCCUCAGUAUUUUACGCUUAAGUCGAGAUUUUUCCAUCUGUCCUUACACUGUCACCUACGUUUUUAUUUUUGCCAUGUCUGGGAAUAGUGUAACUUGCAUAAAAGCUACAUUUGUUUACUACUGACUGGACUUGAACGUAUACGACUGUUCCCCCGUCUUAUGAUAUCAUUCCACAAGUUUGUCUGUGAAUUUACUUUGAAAUAGUAAUUGUAAAGAAUUUGGUAAAAGUACUUAUGUUUUUAAAUGAAAUAUUGAUGUGUUUUCAGUUCAUUUCCCAUGUUUGAACAAAAUAUGUAGAAUUAAAAAGAACCAAAUAAAAAUUAAGUUACUUUUAA